AUGAAGGACCCCCAGAACUGCGCCCUGCCGGCCCUGACCCUCUGCGAGAAGAACCACGCCGCCUUCGAGGCCGCCUACCAGAUCGUCCUGGACUCGGCGGCCUCGGCCGGCAUGGGCCACUCCCACCUCUUCACCGUGGCCCGGUACAUGGAGCACCGGGGGCUGCCGCUGCGGGCCUACAAGCUGGCCACCCUGGCCUUCUCCCACCUCAGCAUCGCCUUCAACCAGGACACCCACCCGGCCCUCAACGACGUCCUCUGGGCCUGCUCCCUCAGCCAGUCCCUGGGCAAGAACGAGCUGGCCGCCAUCGUCCCGCUGGUCAUCAAGAGCGUGCAGUGCGCC